CCUGAGCUGCUAACCUUGCCGAGUGGUGUGCAGGCCCCUGUGGACUCACCGUGUGUCCCUUGGCCCCUGACAGCAGGUGUGCAAUGGGGCGACGACAAGACCGAGACGCUCCUGGCCAUCCUCUUGGAUGGUCAACAUCAUGAGAAACUCGAGACUCGUCAGCACAGCCAGACCUACAGGGCGGUGGCAGAACAACUGUGGGAGCAGGGCUUUCUGCGCACGCCAGAGCAGUGUCGCACCAAGUUCAACAGCCUGUGGUCGAGGUACCACAAGGUGAGGCCAGGCCGUGUGCCUGAGCUUUCUGUCCUUAAUGAGGAAGUGGAUGCCGUGUCCGGCUCCUGGGCCUCUGCACCCAAGGUGGCAAGCCGUGCUGUUCCUGGCCAAGAGGGAAGGGCUGCGGAGUCUGGAGAGCGGAGUCAGCAGAAUGGGGAGCCCACAGAGGUCGGAGAAGGGGUCUGGGCCGAUGGUGCAGCCGGGGAUGAAGAGGACUUCCGGGAUCCUAGCUGGGAAGGUGGGAGACUUGACCUGCCAGUCUUGUUCCCACCCAGAGCUGGUCUUGAGAUCAAGAACAAAGCUAAAAAAGAGAAUCAGAAAUGGGAUGAUUCAGGGCAAGCAGAAGUGACGAAGGCUCUAUGGAGAGAGUCUAGUGAAAUUUUUUGGCACCCUGAGCCCAAGAGAGGCCAGAAGGGUGAGCCUGAGCCAAGAGAGCAACGUAGAUGUUCUCCAGGGGAGCAUGAGGGGAGACCUCCGUCCGAGGACAGGAGGACUCAGCAGACACUCCGUGCCGGGGAGGCGGCUUGUGCACAUGUCCUGAGUGGGGGAGACUGCUCUCAGGGCUCUCCCUGUCACCAUCAGCCAGUCCCUGAACUGAAAAAAACAUCUAAGUGCCAGCAGUGUGGGAAAAGCUUUAGCCAAGGUUCUUACCUCAUUCGGCACAUCCACACAGGAGAGAAGCCUCACAAGUGCAGUGAAUGUGGGAAUGGCUUCAGUGAGCAUUCCAACCUCACUGCCCACAUAAGGAUGCACACGGGGGAGAGACUCUACCACUGUGGGCAAUGUGGGAAAAGCUUCAACCAGAGCUCCAGCCUCAUUGUCCACCAGAGGACCCACACCCGGGAGAAGCCUUAUCAGUGCACUGUUUUUGGGAAGAGAUUCAACAACAGCUCUCAGUUCAGCGCCUACUGGCAAGUCCACACCCAGCAGAGGCCCCACCCCUGUGCGCACUGUGGGAAAAGCUUCAACAACAGCUCCCGCAUCUGUGCCCACCAGGAGACACACUGGGGGGAAGCUGUACACGUGGUCUCGGUGUGAGAAAAUCUUCCCCAAAAACCCUGUCCUCAUCCACCAUCGGGGGUCACACAGAGAAGAUACACUCACACCCCAAGAAGAGACACAUGCUUCAAGGGUGUAGGAAAGCCAAAAGAUCAAUUCCCUAGUGUGAGUCUCUCCUGAAAGCUUCCAUCGGCUUGUGGAGGCCUCUGCCAGCCAGUCCAUGGCUCAGCAGGGACUUACAAGUGGAUCUCAAGAACCACAGCAGGAAGAGGAAUCAGCAUAAGGGUGCCGAGCUCUCUUUCUAGGUCUGCCUGUGACCCACAGUCCUGUGUCACCAGGGCUUCCAUCUGCUUUGAACACAGGAUCCAAAGUCCUGCCAGGAAACGAGGGCAAUCUUGUUCUGAACAGAGAAUGGGUGGCUAGUGGUCUGGGAACUGUUUCUGGGGCAGGUCAGAGAAAAAAUUUUCCCUCAUGGGAAGCACAUCUGGAAGUAAAUGACCUCUAGGCAC